UCAAAUACCUCUCCUUAACAAAUGCAAAUUUAGUACAUCCCCUUGUUGCUCGCAUCUCUCAAUUAACAGCCAUGUCAGAAAGGAGAUUUCGCUUUGGUUACGUACUUGCACCAAAGAAAGUAAGCAGCUUUAUUCAAGAUUCCCUCGUCAAUCAUGCCCAAGAACAAGGUAUUGAUCUAAUCCCAAUCGAUCUGAAUAAACCAUUAAUCGAACAAGGUCCUUUUGAUUGUAUUUUCCACAAGCUAUAUGGUCCUGAAUGGAGAAAACAGUUGGAAGAAUUUUCCCUUCAGAACCCAACCACCAUCAUUAUAGAUCCCAUAGAUGCUAUUGAAAAACUCCACAACCGAAUUUCAAUGCUUGAAGUUGUUAACGAAUUAAAAAUCACCCAAGAAAAUGAAACUAUUGGAAUCCCUCUUCAGAUUUUUAUUCAAGAAAAUUCCGAUUCCCUCUUAGACCAUAUCACACGUCAAGGGUUGGAUUUUCCCGUUAUUGCUAAGCCUUUAAUUGCUAAUGGGACAGCUGAUUCACACCAAAUGUAUUUAGUUUUAAAACCAGAAGGACUAGAAGAGCUGAAACCACCAAUCGUGUUACAGGAGUUUGUUAAUCAUGGUGGAGUUAUUUUUAAGGUUUAUGUAGCAGGGGAACAUGUGAAAUGUGUGAAAAGAAGGUCAUUGCCUGAUAUUUCUGAGGAGAAAUUGGGCACUUUAGAGAAUUUGAUAGCGUUUUCGCAGAUAUCUAAUUUGACUGCUCAAGAUCAGAAUGAUGAUAGUUUUGCUGCACUGAUUGAAAAUGCGGAGAUGCCUCCGUUGGGAUUUGUGACAGAAGUGGCUAAUCAGUUGAGGGAUGCUUUGAAGUUGCAUCUUUUUAACUUUGAUAUGAUAAGAGAUACUAGAGCUGGAAAUCGGUAUCUUGUUAUUGAUAUCAAUUACUUCCCUGGAUAUGCUAAGAUGCCGUCUUAUGAAACUAUAUUGACUGCAUUUUUCCUUGAUAUUGCUCGCCGGAAGCAAAACAACGAAUCUGGUUAGCUUCUGAUGAUCGUAUGGGCAGUGUAGUAGUUAUGUUAGUUUUUUGCUGUUUUAUUUCAGCAGCAGGUAAUGCGUUUUUUUUUUUCGAGAAAAUGAAAACAGAUGCAGAUGAUGCUGGAUUGAUUGAAAUAAACCUGCUCUUUGUGGUAGAUGUGAAUCGAAAGAGGCUAACUGCUCUAAUUUCGUUAAAUUGUUACUGCUGACUUUUGGGGCAAUUGAUGCUUUCCUCUUUCUUUUUUUCGUUGUUUUUUAGUUAUUGCAAACAGAUUACAGAUGUGGAAUAAUUUGGGAGUGAAUGCUAAUGUUUCAAAGUUUCAACAAUGGAGUUUUUAGUUUUGAGGAAUUGGUGCUUUUCCUUA